UUACUUGAACGCACCAUGACACUGGCAGCUAGCCUAGCCGGCUAACUUGGCUAAUCUGAUUUAUCGUCUCGGUUAAGCGCACGUAACGUUAGCCAGGAUUACCAAAUUUAGUUUUCCAUAUCAAGCGUUAAGCACUAUAUCUAUCUGACAUCAAAUAGCCACUCAUUUUAACAAUGGCAUCGCUUGGGGAGCCUGUGCGGUUGGAAAGAGAUAUUAGCCGUGCUGUUGAACUGCUUGAUAAGCUCCAGAGGACAGGGGAAGUGCCUCCCCAGAAGCUGCAGGCGCUGCAGAGAGUCUUACAGAGUGAAUUCUGUAACGCUGUCAGAGAAGUUUAUGAACAUGUGUAUGAAACAGUGGACAUCAACAGCAGUCCUGAGGUCAGGGCCAACGCCACAGCUAAGGCUACUGUGGCAGCUUUUGCAGCAAGUGAGGGACACUCACAUCCACGUGUCGUGGAACUGCCCAAGACAGAAGAAGGCCUGGGUUUCAAUAUAAUGGGUGGAAAGGAGCAAAACUCACCUAUAUACAUCUCACGGAUCAUCCCAGGGGGCAUCGCUGAUCGACAUGGAGGCCUGAAGAGAGGCGACCAGCUUCUCUCUGUUAAUGGGGUGAGUGUGGAAGGUGAGCACCACGAGAAAGCUGUGGAACUUCUCAAAGCAGCUCAGGGCACAGUGAAGCUGGUAGUAAGGUACACCCCCAAAGUCCUAGAGGAAAUGGAGUCACGCUUUGAGAAAAUGAGGUCGGCGAAGCGCCGGCAACAGAACAACUAUCCCCAGUAGGAUUUUUCCGUGUUGAUGCCCAGCUCCCAUGUCUCCUCCUCUAGCCUUCAGGCCAUUUGUUCUGGUCUCUUUCUUAUCUCCCUGCCCCCCCAAAAAACAUAACAAACAUACAAGUUUAGUUUUACAUGUAGUUCCUACUCACACAUACUGUAUAUUGUGCUUCUACCGUUUUCUGUAGCAUUUUUAAUAUUCGCCAUUAUUACACUGGACACUACAACUCUAGACAAACACUAGAAUGAUCAUGAUUGUCAGUGUAGGUGGUCACUCACACGUGUGCAUUAUUUUUGGAUUGACAAUAUGAAUGCAACUUUGAGUGCUUUUGAGACCAACUACACAAUUCCUUUGACUGGAAAGGUAGUGUUUUUAAUUCUUUUAUCACCGCCACUACCAAGUGCCUCAGGGCAAACACGUUUAUCUGAUGUACUGUGUUCACCGUUCUUUUUUUUUUCUUCUUUUUAAUGGUUUCAAGUCAAGUACUGGUAAUUAAAUGCUUGUGACAGGAAUUACUGCAUGCUUUGCAUCUGUUACUCUUAAAGAUCAUUUGAUUUGAUAUAAACACAUGGUAAACACCCUUUUAAUUGUACGAACUUCAAAAAAAGAUGCAGUUUUAUUUUUAUUGCUGCUCUACAGGCAUGUGCAGAAUAGGGAAGCUUUAGUGGAGUUGAUGACAGUCUGAAUUAGUUAAAAAGAGAGUUUGAUAAUAAGGGAAACCACUGAAAAUACUUCAAAACAAAAGUGGAACAUCUUAAAGGGUUUUCUUUGGGCUUACCGUUUUUCUAACGUCAUACAUUAAAAAGCUCAACAGGUACUGUAAGUGAUGCAAUGGGGUCUCAGCAUCUUUUUAACUAAAUUACUGCCAUCACAGACGCCCAUUUUUACUUCUAUCGAAGUAAUAAACAUUCAUAAGCAUAAACCUUGCAGUCAGAAUGACAUGAGAUUAAACCUGUUCAGCUUCUGAUUAAUUUGUCGUGACAUAAAUCAGGAAUGUACUAUAUGUCAUGUUUUUCCUUUGCCAGGCACAGUACUUAAUGAGAAGUCAAUUACUUAAAAUUUGUUUUUGAUCUUUGCAAAAAAAAAAAAACCCAGCUUGUUAGCAUUGUUUAAAUCAUUCAGUGAAAGUUCAAAAUGAUAAUGAUGAUAAUGUCAAACAAUCUCUUUAAGUCAUAAUAAUGCCUAAUGUGAGCUAUCAUCAUUGUUUUGAUGAAUGAAAUGGCAGGUGUUUAUCACACAUACUGUAUAUGGCUAGACUUUACAGUGUUUAGUGGAUUAUGCCGUAAAUCUAUCGCAUUGGCAUAGCAUUCAGUCAGUUUUUAACAUUUUGUUGAAGAACAAAAGUGUCUUAAAUGAAACAUUCACUUCAUUUGAACUUUUUUAUCCUGGUAAUCAUUGACAUCUCUCAAGGACUUCAAUUAAAGACAAAAUAGGACACCGAUGCUGGAAUAAGAUGUAUAGAAAAAUGUCUUGAAAUUUAAACAACUAUUCACCUUUAUGAUGCUUGUACUCCAUUCAAAGACAAGAGUAUGCCCAACAAUUCAAUGAUUUAGUAGAGCAAUAAGUUUAAAACUUUUUUUUACAAACACUACAGAUUUAUGUCCGUACUUUGACAUUUUUGUCGUUUCAUCAUCAUUAACAAUCGCCAUUAAAACCAAAGGUUUGGUGGCACCCAUGUACUGUAUGUAAUAUAACUGCACAUCAUGUUGAAAUAAGAAUCAUAAUGACGAACAUUUUAUUACUGAAUACUGCCAAACAGUCAAGUUUGUUCUGAUAAUGCAGUUUUGAGCAGGCUAAUGUCAAAACAGUGUCAAUACCCCCAAUAUACUGUAGGCUCUCCUUCCAUGUUUACAUAUACAACACAAGUUUUUAUAGUUUUAAAUUGUUUGCAGAAUACAUGUUUAGCUACCAUAUUGAUAUUCAUCGAAUCAAGAGAAAACUUCUAAUGAUGUGGAAUAUUAAUGCUUAAAAAACCUUGCUCGAGAAGCCCCUCAUGCAUACAUGCAACAUGUCAAUCAAACAUGUCUGUAAGUCAUGGUUUUCUUUAAAAUACUUUAUUAUUCAAUAUAAAACUACAAAAGUGAGUAUUAACAGACUUUUCUUGCUUUCCCAGCAAAGGGAAUAUAAAUGUCUGUUCGAACCCCUCAUCAUCCAGUCUUUCAGUGUGCGGGACAACAAAGUAUCCCCAGAACAAAUUUAAUUUCAGAGAUUUAUCCACAGUGUUUUGUUUCCCUAGAUGUAAUAUCAUGUAUAUAGUAUAGUAUAAUGUAAACUAGGCUUUAGCUGACUAAGCCAUACUAUUGUCCAGUCUCAGGAUCAGCACAUCACAUAAUUGGGACAGGAAGGUAGUAACGACAGAGAUAGUUGUGUUUUAUCUAACUGAUGUAGAAAUUAGAUGGAUGGUGGAUAAAGUAACAGAAACACAUGGCAGUGUAUGAAAGCAGGAAAACAUUACCUUCGGUGUAGCUUCAGUCUCUCUGAUGUUGUGGGCUUAACCAUUUGUACUUAAAAAAAGAUUACUUAACAUCACUAAAUGCACUGAAAUGCAUCACCAAGUGCUAAAAAAUAUUAUCAGUGCAAAGUUACGGAAAGAUUGGAAAGUGAGUAUCAGUUGUGAUGAUAAUCACAUGUUCAUUUUUACUUAAUAAUUGGAACUAAAAUUGCAUUUUGCUAAAUUCAGAUUUGGAGCAAACAAAUCAUCUUUGGCAUCUUACUUUUAUCUGUUACAUUGUCUACAUGUGUCCAUUAUUACUCCCCAUGUUAACACAGAGUCUGCUUUUCCUUUUAAAUAUCAGGAUUACUUGCGGGAUUAGCAAGUAGAGUGAACUUGUCAAAUUGUAUUAUGUGUUAUUUUAAUAUUGCUCUAAAUAGUGCAAGAAAAAUUAUGAUACUUGAUGAGCACAUAGCCCAGUUGUAUUUAGUGGAUGUGCUGUAAUCCAUUAUUCCUUAUUAAAAAGCUGAAUUUUGGGACAAAGUAUAAAAUAAACACACACACACAGUACUACAGAAUGCUGAAUACUGAAUGCAAAUCAAUUAUCUAUGCAAAGUAAUUUAAGAACUUUGGAAAUAUCCUGUAAUGGUGCAAAUAGCUGUCAUUUUACUGCAGAAUUGUAUUGAAAAUUACUACUUUAAGGCUGUGUGGACAUGUCAAAUGUAACAUGACAUAUUCAACAAUUUUGGAACCACUGCACUUUUUUUGGACACAUUGGAGUUACGCAAUGUUAUGAGACAUUUACAAUGUUUGUUAUAACAUUCUCACAUUGAUCACCAUCAAGUAGUUGCAGUGAAAAUUUCCAUGUGAUAUUAGCCUUGCUAUCUAAUUAAUGAUUGUCAGGAUGCAUGUAGAAGAAUAGGCUUAUGUGAAAGUGUGGUUAGCAAUAGACCAUUUCAUAGGCUACUUUGAGCAAAAUGUUUGUUUUGAGGCAGAACAUUUAGCAGAUGUACAUAAAAGAUUAAAUGUCUUAACAUAAUGUAUAGUUUGUCCCUUAAUUGUGUUUUAUCCAACAUUAACUAGCUAGAUUCACUGCUUACACACAUGUAUAGUAAAUCAGGAAAAAAUGUAAUGAGACUUGGUGUUGAUAUUGCACAGUCACACUCUCCACUGAAUGUCACUGACCAUUGAAGUACCCUUCAACUUUCUACCCAUUUUCCUUGUCUAUAUAUUGGAAUGGUCAAUAGAGUAUUUUUUAUAAUACUUUUCUUUUGAUAUUUUUCUCAAUUUUUAUAAGUGAUUUUCCUAAAACCAAAUACAAGGAAUGAUUGGUACUUCCAUGUUGACUGUCCCAGGGCCACAUCAGCAAAGCCUCUCUGAAAAGCAGCACUGAUGUAGGAUGGUAGCUGAGGUCUCUCGACUGUAUGAACUUACAGACUUAACAGAUCAACUGUCCUAGAUCAGCACUUUUCUGACAUCUGAACUGAUUUUUCUUUUCUUUCUAGUACCAAGACCAAACUUGCAACAUUUGUGAAAACUUUGAUAAUGUUUUGAAAUGUUUUAGUCAGUGCUUGUUUAGGAUUAUUACCUGUAGACUGUAUUGUGUUAUUUUGUGUUCUCUGGUUUCUUACCUAAUUGACUGUGAUGUGGAAUGUAAAAUGUUGUGAUGUAGAACAUAAUAAUAAUUGGACUGGAGGCUAAAUAAACAGUGCUUAAAUGUA